CUGUAAUGUGUAUCGUUACUCCAAGAGUAUCAUUACAGUAUACAGGAUUAGCAAUGUUUAAACCAAUAUUUGAAAGAAUGGAAGGAAAAUUUAUACCAUCUGGAAGUGCAUCUGCAUUUACCGGGGUAUGUACAGGAAUAAUGCAAGCAAUAACUUUAGUAACCCCAUUAGAAUUAAUUAAAAUAAGACAACAAACUGAUAUAAAUCGAUUUAAAUAUCAUGGAAUGUUUUCCACUAUUGCAUUAAUUGUAAAAGAGGAAGGGAUAACAGCACUUUAUAAAGGAUUGGUACCUACGAUAUUUAGACAAUCGUGGGGAUUGGCUGUAAAAUUCACUGGAUUUGCACUGUUUUUAGAUUUAUUUCGUAUGCAAAGUAAUGAUAAUUUGAAACCUCACCAUUUUGUUGCAUCAGGAUUCUUAUCAAAUGUAUUAGUAGGAAUUCUUAAUUCACCUCCUGAUGUAGUUAAAACGAGAAUGCAAGAUCAAUCUGCUUCAUAUAAAAGUUCUUGGGAUUGUGUGAAGAUUAUGAUGAAAUAUGAAGGUCCCCUCUCUUUAUUUAAAGGUUCUUUAUUAAGAAUCAUUAGAAUUGCUCCUGGUGGUGGUAUACAAUUUGCAACUUUUGAAUACUUAUAUAGAUUAUUAGAAAAUAAAGUUUGAUAAAUGAACGAAAUUUUUUUUUUAAAAAAAAAAAAAGACAGAAAUGUUUAAUAAAAUAAAAAAAAAGAGGAUAAAAUGCUUGAUAAUG